ACCGCAUCACAGGCGCCCCUCCCCCGUGUGCUCCUCCGCCACAGCCGCGCGGGCAAUUAGUGCGCUCCGGAGCGUGACGGAACACAGACGCCGACCGACACGAGCGCCCCGGAGCUUUACCGGCAGGAUCUGAUGAGUGCAUAGAGCAGGAAUGGGCUCGUUUGGAGAGAUGCUGUGGAUUAUACACUCAGUGGGACUUUAUGCCCAAAUCAGCGCGAAUUUGGCAGUGGACAAUCACGUAUCUGGAAACGCUCUUUUCACCGAGGUUCCUCAGGACGUGGUCUCUCAGGCUGGAGAUGAUGUGGAGAUGGCCUGCUCCUUCAGAGGCGCUAGCUCCUCCUCCGUCUCCUUGGAGAUCCAGUGGUGGUACACCAGACACAGCAGAGAGGGGGCGGAGCAACCAGCAUGGACAACCAAUCAGGAAAGCCUCUUUUUAUUUACAGAAUUAAUUAGCUUACAAGGACUUGCUUUGUGGGAGUCUCUGAUAGUUAAAUGUUCUUGUUCAGUAAUCAUAUCUUGUGUUUGUUUUAAGGUGGUAAAAGUGGUUGGCAGCAACAUCUCACAUAAGCUUCGUCUGUCAAGCGUCAGACCAUCAGACGAGGGAACGUACGAGUGUCAGGUCAUUGACUUCAGUGAAGGCCGAGCACAGCGGCACAGAGUUCAGGCAGAUACAGCCAGACGUCCAGAGUCCCGUCCACAACAGAGACCAGAAGACUGAAGAGGAGAAGAACACAUCAGAACAGAACACAGGUCCUGAAGAUCAUCAGAUGAGCCACCAUAAGAGAGAAGAGCAGAGGAUGUGGCAAGUGGCCCAUCAGUUUCAUGAAGAGGAUCUUCAUCAGCUCCAAGAGGGGAACAAGACUAGAGCGGGAAAGAAACAGCAAUCAGAGAGCAGAGAUUUGAAGACAGAGUGACUGUCCUUCUGAAAACUGCACACGAGAUGAGAGACGUCUCGAUAAAACUAGAACAGUCCUGAUCCUGACACAAGCUGUCCACAUAAUGAGUCUUAACAUUAGUUUUAUUGCAAACUGAAAUUGAUUUGUGCUUCUUCUAUCAAAAGGAACCAGCAAUGUGUAGAUUUAAAGGGACAGUUUGCCUAAAAAUGAAAAUUCUGUCAUCAUUUACUCAUCCUCGUGUUAUUUCAAACCUCUAUGACUUUCUGAAAAAGUGAUUCAGACUAUUUAAAUAGCUUUUAGAAUUUGCUACUCAUCUGAAAAACACUAGGAGGUCAGCAAACCUUUGUUUUCUUUGCGUUGGACGUCAAUAUAAAAGUUCAGGUUUGACUCCGGCUACACUGCUCCUGAUUUUUUGGUCCUCGUAAGGAGAGGAGAAGAAUAGGAUGAAUAAAACAGCAGCAGAAAUGAUUAAUGACUGAGAAGAAACGAAGAGGGUGAAUUUCGCUGCAGGCAGAAAUGUUAAUUUAUUAAUUAAAAAGGAAGGACAGAUAAGGACUGAAUGUAAUAUAUUAUUUGUGUUAGUGAUGUUUACCUUCACUGAUCUAUUCUCCUACACAUUUGAUUUGUAAGUGAUUUUCAUUUGUUUAGCUUUUAUCAUGACAAAAAUAUUUUGCGGACAAGAUAGUAAAUGGCUAUUGUGUGUGUGUCAGUGUGUGUGUGUGUGUGUGUGUUUUAUAAGACUUAGACAUAGAGCUACAUUUCUAAAUGGGCUUUUCCAUUAAUGUCGAACAGUUGAACUGCAGUUUUCAGAUAUUAAAGUGAUUUUAAUGAUGCAUCUUCUGUAUAUCUGCAUUGAUGUUCUGUGUGGAAGCAGAUGUUUCAGUUAUGUAAAUACGGAAUUUCUAAAAUAUUAUCAUGUUUCAAUUAAGUCAUGUAAACAAUAAACAUAGUUGCUGUUAUUU